GGAAAUCGGCUGCUCCUUCUGUGCGAGGAGACGAGAUGGCCAACUCGGCGCUGGAGAUCGUGGGCCUGUUGCUGACCCUCAUCGGGCUGAUCGGGGCGGCGGCCAGCACGGGGAUGCCCAUGUGGAGAGUCACGGCCUUCAUCGGGGAGAACAUCAUCGUGUUCGAGACCCGAUACGAGGGGCUGUGGAUGAACUGCUUCCGGCAGGCCGACAUCAGGAUGCAGUGUAAGGUGUACGACUCGCUCCUGGCCCUGUCGCCCGACCUGCAGGCGGCGAGGGGCCUCAUGUGCUGCGCCCUGGCGCUGGGCGGCCUGGGCCUGCUCAUCAGUUUGCUGGGGAUGCAGUGCACGUCGUGCAUUCAAAACAACGACCGAGCCAAGCGGGUGGUGCUCAUCAUCUCGGGCUGCAUGGUCAUCAUGGCCUGCAUCUGCGUCCUGAUCCCCGUGUCCUGGACGGGUCACGUCAUCAUCAGGGACUUCUACAACCCGCUGCUGAUCGACGCCCAGCGCAGGGAGCUGGGCGAGGCGCUCUACAUCGGCUGGGUGGCCUCGGCUUUCCUGUUCGCCGGAGGAUGCAUGUUUCUCUGUUGCAACCUGCAGUCUGACGAGAAAGGCUCGGAGCGGUACGUGUACAGCAGGAACUCGGCCUACACGGCUUAUCCUCCGCAGCCUCUGCAGCAGCUGCAGCCUCAGCAGCUGGUGCUCAUUCCCCAGCCUCAGCCUCAGCCUCAGCCGGUGCUGUCAAGACACCCAUCGACUAAUUACAGCUAUCACAGCAGGUACCCCUCGGUCCGCAGCGGGGUCGCCUACCUCUGAACACCGGAGAUGACUGAAAUAACGGGGAUCAGCCGGUCUCCACAUGUAAGAACCUGUCAUUUCAACCAGGACUGUAAUAAAAUCUGUUUGAAAUAAGUACUUUUCAUAUGAAUGCAGGUUUUUCAGAUCAAUGUCCUUAUUAUACAUAUUAUUUUUAAUGUGAUGCUCCAAAGAACUAACAACACAUUCCCAAUCUUACCAGUGUGAAUCAAUGCAUUACAAUGAUAGAAUUUUAUAAUAUCAGCAUUUUUUGGGGUGUGUGUGUGUGUGUGUAUGUGUGUAUGUGUGUGUGUUUGUGUGUGUGAGCAUGCUGUAAAUAGCAAGAAUGUUUGCUUUCACUGUAAAAAAUGUUUUUAGUACAUAUUGAGUCGAUACAUAUGUUUGUUUUUUGUUUUUUUUACUUUUGAACCAAUUUCCAUGUGAAUUUCACAGUUAGGAUAGUUAUGCAACUAUGUUAGCAAAAAAAGCACAAACACAGCCGUGUUUCGUGAACCUGUCCUUCUUAUUUUCUUUCUCAAAUGGAGUUACCUGACUUUCCAAUUUACCUUUAAAUGAACAGCAGCAAUUAUGACAGUUAUUUUGUCAAAUCAGAAAGUACAGGUAAUGUUACUGUGGAAGAAAAAACAAACCUCAAAGAAAGUUCAGCAUCAUCUUAGUCAAUUUAAGACACAUGAUUCACGUUUACAUACAUAUUUACUUUUAGUUUCUGCAUUGUGUCAUUUCCUGAAUUUCUGUAGUUCUCGGGUCGACUGAUUCUUCGUGACAUGCAGGGUUAGGACUGCUUGUUAAAGGCGUGGACUCAGAGAAAACAACCUGACACUGUGAUCAUGUGAUGCACAUUUGAAAGUCGCUCCACAUUUCCAUGCGGAGCGCUUUAGAGCAGAACAUUUCCUCAGAGUGAGUUCAUCAGCUCUCACACUGUGGUCACUUUAUCGCACUUUUAUAUCAUUCAAAUGAACAGCAGCUGGAAUUAUCUGUCAAUGAAACUCAUUUCUUUAUGGUCUGGAAACAUUUGGUGUUGAUUCUUAUUGCACUUCUAGGUUAAACUGAGAGUUUAUCACUGAGCAUUUGGAGCUAUUCUUGCACUAAUAAUCCCUCUGUGUCAAGUUUCCAUCUGGUUCUCCAGAAUAUGUUCAUGAAAUAGAAACAAGGCAGAGUUUCACAGUGUGAGCAGGCCUGUGUGUGCACCGUACAUGAAUAAUGAUGUGUUGGUCUUGUUGGGAAACUGUUUCUGCAGGUAUCAUGAUUGUUUUAAUCCAAUGUAUCUGACCUAUUUCAACUAUUUCACUUUUAUAUCAUAUAAAAUGUACUUAUCUUGGUCUCAAGUUCAUAUGUUUAUGAUUUUCUGAUCACUUCAUUGCAUUUUUACGUUAUUUUACUUUUUUAACCUGUUAUGUUUUAAGUUUGAAAGAAAGUUUCAAUUUAUCUAUUGUCAUUUUACAUGUUUUUAAGGAUCAUAUUUAGAAAUAGAUAAAGUCUUGAAUGAAAUGUGUUCACUGACCUUCAGAUUUUAACAUCACCUAUGUUACUGGCUGGGCUUUUUUGUAUAACACUUCAGUUUUGGUACAGAAUGACAAUCUGUACAGUAUGUGGAACUCAUUACCGACUGAGCUGGAAGUGGAGUGUGUUGACAUGCGCUCCCUCUCAUUUCAUUACCUUGAAGGUCAUCUCUGCUCCCCGGUGGGCAGUGAAAGAACUGCAGGAGCGGCCCUUUGGUGUUUUCACUGUUUGCUUCUGAAUUUGUAAUACAAAAAGAGGGAGGAUGAUUAAAAACAGUUUAAGCGAUUAAAAAGUUUUCUGAA